UCCCCAUAAGGUUAGGUAGGCAACAUCGGAAGUAGGAAGGAGAAUUCUGUUUUAAACCUCACCAAAUCCAAACUCCACCUUCUCCUUUCCCUUCCUCCUCCCGCACCAGAGCAGAGCAGAUUCACACCAGGGUCUAAGAAAGAUCCACUUUCCUAGAUAGGAGUCCCGGGACUAGCAGUGUUGAUGACUCAGUCUCAAUGGCACAGAACACUCUCUUAUCUGGAGUGGAGGAAACGAUUUUAGCUCAGCCCAUUCUAUCCCUCUGGAAACCAAACAGAGGGAAGCUCCUCUGAAAGAGUCCAGGAUCCCCCCAGGGAACAGCUAGAUAGCGAUAAACUAGGUUCCGGCCCCUCCCCCGAACCUUCCUCCCAGCCCCGCCCCCUGGGCCCCCGGAUCCAUAGGAGCCGCAGAAGCAUCAGUCACAGCUAACAGUAAACGAGGCAACAGCUGCAGUAGCCAACGAAGAGAUUCCUGCUCCAUCUCCAUCUUCAGCUGUAGCUCCAGCUCCAGUCCGCCACCCCCACCCCGGUUCCGACACCGCGGACAGCGCCCGGGCUUCAGUACCGCGGACAGAGCGCCGCCCCACCCCCCGCAUUCUCCUGCGGGCUGCGGAGCACUGAGCUAGCCUAGGGGGAGCAAGGUAAGCUAUGCGGGCGGGAUGCCCUGGCUCCCGCUCCCCAUGGCGCUGCUCCUCAGCCUUGGCCUCUUCGGGCUGUUUCCAGGAGUCCUGGCUACAGACACAGAAGAAAGGUUGGUGGAACAUCUCCUGGAUCCUGCCCGCUACAACAAGCUCAUUCGACCAGCCACCAAUGGCUCUGAGCUGGUGACUGUACAGCUUACUGUAUCGUUAGCCCAGCUCAUUAGUGUGCAUGAGCGGGAGCAGAUAAUGACCACCAACGUCUGGCUGACCCAGGAGUGGGAGGAUUACCGGCUUACCUGGAAACCAGAAGAAUUUGACAAUAUGAAGAAAGUUCGACUUCCUUCCAAGCACAUUUGGCUUCCAGAUGUAGUCCUCUACAACAACGCUGACGGGGUGUACGAAGUCUCCUUCUACUCCAAUGCUGUGGUUUCCUAUGACGGAAGCAUCUUCUGGCUCCCCCCAGCCAUCUACAAGAGCGCCUGCAAGAUCGAGGUCAAGCAUUUCCCCUUUGACCAGCAGAACUGCACCAUGAAGUUCCGUUCCUGGACCUACGAUCGCACAGAAAUUGACUUGGUAUUGAAGAGCGAGGUUGCCAACCUGGACGACUUCACCCCCAGCGGCGAAUGGGACAUCGUGGCCCUGCCGGGCCGGCGGAACGAGAACCCGGAUGACUCCACUUACGUGGACAUCACCUAUGACUUCAUCAUUCGGCGCAAGCCGCUCUUCUACACCAUCAACCUCAUCAUUCCUUGCAUCCUCAUCACCUCCCUUGCUAUCCUGGUCUUCUACCUGCCUUCUGACUGUGGCGAGAAGAUGACCCUCUGCAUCUCCGUUCUCUUGGCCCUUACCGUCUUUCUGCUGCUUAUCUCCAAGAUUGUCCCUCCCACCUCCCUGGACGUGCCGCUGGUCGGCAAGUACCUCAUGUUCACCAUGGUCCUGGUGACUUUCUCCAUCGUCACCAGCGUCUGCGUCCUCAACGUGCACCACCGAUCCCCCACCACCCACACCAUGGCCCCGUGGGUCAAAGUCGUCUUCCUGGAGAAGCUGCCCGCCGUGCUCUUCAUGAAGCAGCCGCGCCAGAACUGCGCGCGGCAGCGCCUGAGGCAAAGGCGGCGGCAGCGGGAGCAGGAGGGCGGAGGGGGCGUCUUCUUCCGAGACGCCCCGGGGGCCAAUUCCUGCACUUGCUUUGUCAACCAGGCCUCCGUCAAGGAGUUUGGAGGAGUUUUUGGGGCUGAGUCGGCAGACUCGGCCAAUGGCUUCCGGGGGCGAGCGGGCCCAGGGGGGCCGUGUGGCUGUGGGCUCAAGGAGGCCGUGGACGGUGUGCGCUUCAUUGCUGACCACAUGCGGAGUGAGGACGAUGACCAAAGCGUGAGUGAGGACUGGAAGUAUGUUGCUAUGGUGAUUGACCGCCUGUUCCUCUGGAUUUUUGUCUUUGUCUGUAUCUUCGGCACCAUCGGCAUGUUCCUACAGCCGCUUUUCCAGAACUACGCCACCAACACCUUCCUCCACCUGGCUCACCCAGCUUCCAGCUCCAAGUGAGAUCUCUGCCCGCCAGUCCCCAAACCCAAGCCACCUCAGCUCUUCCUGAUGGAAGGCCCAUGGUGGUGGUGGAGGGGUGGGAAGAAUGGGACUGAGGAACUUCCCUCCGGAGACUCUUCUCUCUUUUUUGCCACACACUGCUUGCUCCUCUUCCUCCCAGGCUUCAUCUCCAAGCUUCUUAUGGAACUUGGCUGGUUUGUCUCCCCAACCUUUUGUUUCUCUGAGGUCCUGAAAGCAGGUAGUGGUAGGAAAUGCCAGCUGAGAAAUAAAAAAGCAGACACGGCAGGAGAGGGAUGGACUGAAAUCAGAACUCCUAUUGAGAGUUUGAAGCACAAAGAAAUGAAAAGGCUUGAGUCUAAAAGAGACCUCAUUCUCCUUGCCAAAAUAAACUGUCUCCUGACCACGUGAAAAACAGGUAAAGGACUGAAGUGGAGAAAGAAGCAGCAUAUAGAUAAAAGUGGGCUUUCCUGGUUUGGGGUCAGGGUAACCCCACAGGUAGCUCCGGGGAGUUGGGAAUGAGGACUGGAUUCUGUGCAACCCUCUUCAGAGACCCAACUCUUGACUCCUAACUACUGCCUAGCUUGGCUGCAAGUGAUUUCACACUGGCUAGUGGGCCUGAGGGACCUGGGGUGCUCUUAGCUUGAUGCACAAACCCCCUGCUGGAGGGCAUUUUGACCAUUGCUGUCCCCACAUUUCCCCCUUUGUAGAGAAAGUUUUGUGGCACCAUCCCACUGCUUUCUGAGCCAUUUCUGGAAUGACAGAAACCUUGGCCCUACUUUUGGCUUGUCUCAUACCCCCAAUUCAUCACUUUGGUCGUCCUCGGGUACCUUCUCUGCCUUGGGAUGGCAGGAAUAUCAGGGGAUGAUGACUUGGUGUCAGAAUGGGCUGAUCUUACAGAGGCAAUCUGGGAAUAUUUCUAGAAUUCCGGGGUUCUAGAAGGAGGGCUUAGGGGAUAAGGUCACUGACGCUGCUUUUAUCAUGAAAAAGUCCAGAAAGUACAAGUAUCUGACAACAAAUCUCUGAUAAACUUUUUCUGGGAGAUUGAAUUGAGCUUUUUGCCCAAAGUGACCAAAUUUCGGCGUCCUCUUCACGUCGGGUAGACCUAGGUCUCGUCGUCUAGUGGAGGACGUGAGAUGGGGAACCAGGAGAGCAGGCCCUAGCUUCGCCUGCCUCCCUGCUCACUAAACCCGACCUUAUCUCCUGGCGGGACUUGGAAGAAGGCCCGGCAGCUCGGCUUCCUCCUGUGGAAGAGAAGGCUUUGCUGACUCUUGCAGCUGCCUUCCCCAGCCCUUGGACUUGGCUUCCCACUUUGCGGUGGGGUUGCAGUCUGCUCCGAUUCUGACUCAGGAGGUUGGCUGCAGGCCAGAACAGCCGCCGUGGGCUAUUGUCCAAGCUAACAGAAUAUCUCACCCCUCCGCUUUGACCCAUUUGCAUGCUUUAUCGAGGGUCACUGUGUAGGGUCAGUUGGGGCCCCCCUUCUGCUUCCAGAAUCAAUUUUACUUUAUUCUUCCGGGAUCAGAACGGGUGGAGAGGAAGAGAUAAUUACCUCGGCAAUCCCCUUGCCACUGGCCCAGGAAAACACCCUUUUCCCGGCACCAGCACUCCACCCACUCCCCCCCCCCAAAAAAAAAAAAUUUAAAAGGGUUCUGUGGGAGUACAAGAUCAAGAGCUAAUUACACGUCACCCACAAUGACCUUUUCUGUAAAUUAGUCUCCCUUUGCAAGCUUCUGUUCAGAGAAUGCCGGCAGAGAAAAAAAAAUCCCCAAAUUUCCAGUCGAAAUAGAAAUGAUCAUUGUUAGGAGCGGGCUAGUGGGUCUCCAUCAGCAGAGUCGGGGCCGGAACAGAGUCAAACUCCCAGCCAAUGGGACGCCGAUUUCGGCAGGCCCCCCCUCCCCCCAUCCCUCCGCAGGCUGCUGAGCUCUCCACUAGCCGUCCAAUCAUUUCUCGCCUCAGCCCCUCCCCUCCUCCCCCUGCGCAGGUUUAGGCUGCUGAGUCCGAGAAGCGCAGCCCUCUGGCGGACUCGCGCAGCCACUACACCCGCCUUUCGCACCGCAGUUGGAUGAAACAGAACAAAGCUUUCUAGGGCCGGGUCGGGGAGGCCGGGAGCUUUCCGGAGCCUGAAGGGACUGUCCCAUUUCACAAACGUGGGCACUGAGGCUGAGAAAGGGGAAGUGACCCCAGAUGAGAACUCCUCGAGAGCAGUGUCAUUGUAUCGCUAGCCCCUACUAAAUGUCGUGCACGUUGUAUGUGCUUAGUAAGUGGUUGCAAUUAAUUGGCCAGGAUGACACAGGGUCGUUAAGAGUCAAUUAUUGGGAAUUCAAACCCAGGACGGUAUAGAAGGGACAGUGACCCGGGAGAUGUGGGGCAGCAGCGCUCGGCUUCCAGCUCAGGCACUUGAGGCAGCCUUCUGGCAAGUCACUCAUGCCUUUAUCAGCAAAGCGAGAUAUAUAUAGAUCGGGGAGUUCUCCCAUUUUUUUGUCAUAGGCUCCCACUUUUGGUAUCGAGACUUACAAACCCCUUUUCUGAAUAAGAUUUGAAAUGCUACUUCAAUUGUUGAAGUUCCCAGUGUAGGGACCCUUAGGGGGUUCAUGGACCCCAAAUUAUCUCAGGAUUAAGUUCUGUACUUUCUAUUAUGCCGGGUAAAGGGAUCCUUUGGAGUUUAGAGGUUGGGCAAGCUCAAACCUUGGCUCUGGAGGCAUAAGAGGGAGGGCUGGACCCUAAUGGAACAAGCAAGAUGCUUGUUCAGAUGCAAGAAGUUACAGUGGUUAAAGUACUAGUUUUAGGACUAUUAGGUUUCUGUGAGCUGCUGUCUCUUCUACCUCUAGGUCCUCGUUUCCCUUUGGAGAUAACUUUUCCCCUCCCAAGCAAUUUUGCCAUAGCUUCAAACUAUCAUCUGGUCCCUGCGAUCCUCUGAGGAACGAUCACAUGGAAAGGGUCAGAAUACAGGACCAGAAAUGAAAGCUUAGAGAAGCUGAGAUGACCAGAACUCAAAAAAAAACUAGGAUGCCGAGAAUCACUUCCAUGAUCAAGUGGGCCUAGCAAAGGAGGGCUCAUUGUCUUUGAAGAAGGAAGGCCACGAACUGUUGAGUAGAAAGGAGUCAGCUGAAACUUACAGAUAGUGGAAAAGGAAUGCUAGAAAAAAUAAGGAUGGACCAGAUAAACUCUGGACCUGCUAGCUUUGUGAGGUAUGGUAACAUUCUUCACACCGCAAUACUGAAAGGUCCCCAAGAUUCAAGAAAUGGUGCUGACUCCUGCCUUUUUUUUUUUUAAACCUAAAGAAAUAACUCUUCCCAAUCACAGUUUAACAACUGCCCUUGCCCUCCUCCCCCCUCCCCCCCAGUCAAGGAAUGAAAAAGAAAGGGGACACUGGCAUUAUUCAGAACCUUGAUCAAUCUUUGGACUAGAGGGCCUCUGAGGUCCUUUCUAGCUGUAGGGUAACAAACCCUUUAUUAAAACUCUUCAAAUUCCCCCCAAACAUACAUACAUACAUACACACACACCCCUCACUUUGAGCUGUAAUUCCUUCACCUCCCCCUCUCCUUUUGUCAUUCUUAAGUCCCAAUCUGUUACAGUCUGUUUGCCAGUUUAAAAUUUAGAAGAAGGUUCUUCUAAAGGAGUAUCAUCUUGGUUUUGAUUGAUGUAUAAUAAACACUAUUCAGCAAAA